ACUACCCAUAGAAGUAGUAAUGGGUACUAUUGGAAAAAUAUGGUUGCAAAUACCAUGGAACCGUUUAUGGUCGCAACCGGUUGUCGUGAAUAUAGAAAACAUUCAUAUUCUGGCUAAACCAAUAGUCAGGUUUGAGAAGUACGAUUCGGAAAAAGACAAGAGGCUUUUGAGGGCGUUUAAAAGGAGAGCGUUAGGAAAACUCGACAGCGAAGGAUUUAAUAUAGGAGGACCGCAGUCCUUCGCGGAACAUUUAGUUGCAAACAUUGUAAACAAUAUGCAAAUUACAUUAACCAAUAUACAUAUUAGAUAUGAGGAUACGGUUAGCGUCGAAUAUCCAAUCGCUUGCGGAUUUUGUAUUGGCAGCAUUUCUGCAGAACCUACCAAUAGUAAGUGGAAAGCUUGUAAAGUAAAUGAAUCUUCUACAACGUGCUACUAUCUGGUAAAAGUAGAAGCGUUAUAUACAUAUUGGAACGUUAAUAUUACGCCUCCUGAUUGGAAUUUUCCUUCUGAUUAUUACACGUGGAGGAACAGUAUGGCAAGCAGUAUGCAGAAUUUUUCUUUCAACGGCGAAGAUUUUGAUUUUGUUUUGAAACCAAUGACAUUAAAAAUGAAAAUGACAAUAAACAAAUCCGAAACGGGUAACAUUACGAAAAUCAACAGCGACAUGGUCGUCCACGACUGCAGCAUCCAAAUAUCAAAAGAUCAGUAUUAUUCAAUUCUCGAAACUCACAAGUCACUUUCAAGAAUGUUGAUUAGCUGGAAUUAUUUGAGUCUAAGGCCGUCGCAAGCUGUUUUGAAAAACAAGAAGGCUUGGUGGAGAUACGCCUGUCAGGCGUUAUUAGAGCAACGAAUUAGGCCAUACACGUGGACGAGGGUAAAGAAUGUCAGAGAACAUUACAAAAAGUACAUUGAAGCGUACAAAGUCAUACUGAUGAAUCCUAAUGAUACCGAGCUCAAACUUGAUCUUCAAAAACACGAAGAUAAUUUAACGUUACUAACAAUCGUUAUAGCACGGCAACAAGCUAAACGUAAGGUGGAAUUGUUUAGUUUAACGGAUAAGAGUCUUUGGGUACUACUGCCCUCUCCAGAAAAAUCAAUUUUAUGUGAGAAAAUCGGAUUUUCCAGCAAAUUUUCCAACAAAAAGGAAAUCACAAUAGAACAUAAAUAUCAAUUUAGGAUGGGAAAUUUGUGCGUGUCAUUUUUAAAUCCAAAAAGAAUUGAAAUUCUGAUGAUCACUUUAACUCAAAUUAUUGCUACUUUUGUACCAUGCCUUAAGGAUGAUACGUACAAUUUAUCUCUAAAAAUGGAAGGUAUAGUUGUUGAAGGAGCUAAUGCUAACGAACAUCUGACACCUGUGCUCUAUUCCGAACAUGCUCCCGAUAGUCCUGCGUAUUUCUUUAAGCUAGAUUUGGAGAAAAAACCAAACUCUUACAAUUGUACCUACAAACUAACAUCUAGCUUAAGUACAAUAGAAGUUGUUUACGAUAUGUUUGCAAUGAAAAAGAUAAAUAAUUAUUUAGGAAUGAAUUGCGUUACUGUCGAGAGUAUGCUGGAAAUAAUGCUGGUCAAGCUAUUUCAAAUAGUUUGUCGAAAAAUAAACGAAAAGGUGAAUGAUUUUUGGGAUAUAAAUUUGAACUUAAAGGUGCCUAUCUUUAUCAUCCCAGAGGAUGGCAACAUUGCAGGGAACAGUAGUCUUUUGAUAUUAGAUUUAGGGAGAAUAGAAGUCACCACCGAAUUAUGGAAAAGAAAUGACGUCCUUGAAUUUGCCACUCAAAUGGAAAUGGAGGAGCAACUAUAUUCCCGCUUACACAUUAAGUGUUCCGACAUUCAAGUCCUUUUCGGAAAUUCAAAAGACAACUGGAAGGAAUCAAUGAAAGAGAAGGACACUGAAUUGCAUAUUUUGCCAAAGACAAAAAUUUCAGCUUUUUACGCGUUACGCGUCCGAGACGUUUCGAACAUACCAAGGUACAAAUUUAGCUCUGCUUUUGAAAACUUUAAAAUAAAUAUCAGAGAAAAAAGGCUAGAGCAGAUUUUCGACUACUUUGAUUCAUUACUAGAGAGUAAGAGGAACGAAAUUCCUCAGAAUAGAGCAUCGAGGUGGUUGAAUGACACUAUUUUCACUAGAAAUUCUUAUUCUUAUCAUUGCCAUGUAUUAUCUAUUAUCAAAAAGUCAACCGGAUUGAGCAAACCGAAAUCUAAAGACAAUUCCUCCUCGACGUCUUCAACUAACCAAGAUAAGAAAAGAAAUGUGGAAAUGCCAAAGCAGGAUAUGAAUGAAGCAUUUGCAAGAGUAAUAGAUUUGCCAGGACUUGAAGACAAUAUUUCCCCCAACAAUACAAUUCGAACUCUUCUCAGGUUUAGCUUUAACGAGUUUACGUUGACAGUAUUCCGAUCAAAUGCAGCAACAGACAAGCAGUACCUUAUUCUUCGACUUCAUGAAGUCACUGUUGACUUGGCCUACAUGACUUAUGGUCCAGCUUAUCAGGUUUCGGUGAGAAGUAUUUGUUUAACAGACAAAUGCCACACUACUUGUAGUGGUCAGUAUUUAGAUCUCAUUCAUAGUCCUUUUCCGAGUAAAGAAGACAUUUUUGUUCUACUUUAUAGAAGGGUAGAUGCAAAAUGCCCAGACUUCUGGACACAUUUUCAUGGGGUGGAAACAUCCCUCGUUGCGGAUUUUGACACUGUCCAUUUAACUCUUCAUCAGGAAGCGACUGAAAAUCUUUUAAAAUAUACAAAAUAUCUGUGUUAUACCAUUUGCAGUAAACUUUCUGGAUUAUUAAUCCCUUCGGUCAAAAAUACUUGGGCGAAGAUAAAAGCGUCGUUUUCGGACUCUCGUAAGAAUACUCCUGUUCCUCCUGGAGCUGUUAAAUACUCACAAUCAGGUCGACUCAAUAUAAUGGACAUAAAAGUAUGCGCCUCCGAUUUUGACAUUAUGGGCAUUCAGAUAUCUGGACUGGAAGUUGAUUUGCUCUUUCGGGCAAACGAACGAUUUGUGUUUAAGUCUUUCCUGAGACAUAUUUCUGUAGACCAUUUGUCUGAAGUAACACUUUAUCCAAAAAUUUUGACAACUGAUGGUGAAAAGGUGUAUGAAGUAAAGUAUGUCCAAAAUGCAACCCACAUAGUGGAGCAAAAUCAAGGGAAUGAGGACAAAAUUGUCACCAAUGGAACCUUCAAGUUUUAUUUGGGACGACUACAUAUAACAUUCCUUUAUAAACUAAUUGUGCAGUUCCAGCGCUUUCUUCUGGGAAUGGAAAUGAUUUCUUGCGUGGAGAGUCUAUAUGAAAUUUUCUCAAGGAACAUUUCCAAAAUAACAGAAACCUUAAAACCAAAUUCCAAAAUACAUCUUGCUAUAAAUCUACAAGGUCCGGUUAUUUUAUUUCCUCAAAAAUCCGAUUCUCCUAAUGUAAUUAUCGUUGACACAGGCGAAUUACAUUUAGAAAAUUUCUUCAAGAGGUACUCAAACGAUGUUGUUGAUAAUAUUCUUGUUAAACUUGAUCAGAUAUGCUUAUCAAGAGCUGUAAUGGGUUUAACGGCAAACAUAGAAAUGCAGGAAACAAUGUUGGAGCCGCUUGGAUUAAAUUUGGAUGUAAAAAGCUACGUAUCUCAAUCCAAUUCUCUUAAAACGAAUAUAUCCUGGGAAGUAGAUGGAAACUUGGACGUAAUUCAGAUAAACGUAGGACAGAGAGAUUUGUCAACACUAAUAGCCUGUUACACAGACAACAUAGGUGAAGGAAAGCUUUUGAACUUGCUCCCUGAAAAGAAGAAGGUCCCAAUUAAAGAGGAUGAAUCCUUAGAAGCCGUUAAGAAAUUAGAGUCCUUUUUUUGCAAACCGAAACAGAAAGACAUUUCGUUGAAAUUUUCAUUGGAUGGCUUACAUGUAACGUUAUUUUUCGAUCCUAGUGAAUUAUUAAGCUCGCCAAUUAGGGAUUUAAAUCAUGGAUUUUGUAAAAUUGAAUUAGCCGAAAUUGCUCUGUAUGUUGUGGUUUACACGGACAAAACUUUGGAGGGAAAGUUUAAUGCUGAGAUGAUUACAAUAGAAGAAUUAGGACCAGACGUAAACACAUGUAAUAAAUAUAUCUUACAGUCAACUGCGGAAGACAGUGCGAAUAACAAUGCCAAAGUAACAAUAAAUAAACCGCCUGUCAUAGAUAUAACAUUUACUCAAAACAAAUCCAAUGACAAGUCUGUAGAUACAAUAAUUGGAAGUUUAAGUUUAAGUCUGUCCGUGCCUUUCUGUGAAAAAAUUGCAAUAUUCAUCUUGGAAUCGUUACCAAAAGAAAAUACAGAUUUGGGUAUUGUAAACCAUGGUUACAUAAGUGAUCAUUCAGAACAAGAACCAACGGUCAACUGUACCUCCAGUUUAACUGUAGCUUUACGAAUAAAUAAACCAGAAUUCAUUUUUGUUAUUGAAAGCACUUCCAAGAAACAGAAAUAUUUUAUUACGAGAUCGGAAGUUUUACUGGAUUAUUCUAGACAUAAUAAUACUUUAAAUUUGGUUUUGUCUCUUUCUGGAAUACAUACUCUAUUUUACGACUCUGGAUUAAGCUAUUCUGAUUCUUACGUAGUCUUGAAGAGGUGUGAAAUUGAAUUAGCGAGAAAUUAUUCCGAAGAUAAAGGAGAGAAAAUUUCAUUAUCAGUAUCGCCUAUACAAAUUCAUAUAUGUGAUAGAGUUGUCCAUUCUAUUACCGACAUUCUUCACGAUAUCGCGGAACAUUUUAGAGUUCCUGAUCAAACAUCUCGAAAGUCCUCAAGGGCUGGGAAAAGGUUUUCACAAAAAUCAUUUGAACAUGACGAUUUAUGGGAAUCAAAGAAAUUACCCGAAACCCAGGACGAGCUAAAGAAUAUUUAUGUAAAUCCUAAACCACCUGUUCAUAAAAUCCAUCAAGUAUUUCUGAUGUCCAAGACUGACUUUCUCGUUGUGCUUCAUCUUGAAGAAACUCCAGUUUUCAUGUUAAAAUCUUCAAUUGAAAUGACAAUUUGUGGUUGGUCACACAUGUUAAAUUCUACGUGCCAAGUAACAUUACAAGCGAAUUAUUUCAAUGAGAAUGCUCAAGAAUGGGAACCAUUCGUAGAUCCGGUUGUUGUUAACGAAUGUGAGUAUAAACCAUGGGAAAUAAUGAUAAAGGUAUUUCAAGAUAGAGCAAUGCCAAUAAUAACUUGUCCUGAAAUUAGGAUGCAAAAAGAUACAAACAAAAAUCAGAAAAGAAAUCUGGAAUCUUUCAGCGGCGAUGAAGAUUCAGACGAAGAGAUGGUCUACAUGGAACCACCUACAACGUUAAGAAAUAAUCAAAAACGUAGAAUAACUACCAGUUUAUCUUCAUUACUUCAGGAAUCUGACUCUGAAACCGAAGAAGGAUCUAAUGACAAACUUAUGUCUGCCAUAUCAGAUCUUUUCACGGGAGAUUGGAACGAAAGCGAAGCGAGCUCGGUAGAACAAUCAUCCAGUGACGAAGAUGAAAAUUUUGAUGAGGAUUCGACUUCUCAUUCUAAAAGUAACAAAGUUGAAACAGAUGCUGAUUUCUUCGAAAAAGCAACAUACGUCAUACUUGAUGGAAAGGAAACGCUGAACAUCACAAUAACACCUUCCUUAUUGAAGGUUAUUAAAGAUUUAAAUAUCUCUUAUUUUGGAAAGACUCUCUCAAUGAUACAUAACAAGAGCAGUAUAAACAUAGUUAAUGAAAUUGGCCCUAAUACAAAAAUAGAAUUGCUUCGAAGAAACAGCAAGGACAAUAGCGAAGAAUAUGUGCUACUUGAUUCCAAGACGUAUGAGAGUCAAGAUUCAUAUCCUAGUAGCCCAACGAGAGAAAACUGCGAUAUUUCAACUAAAGAAAGUGAUGAACUUGCAAAAAUGGAUGCCGACCUUUGCUGUAGUUUCGAGAUUGCCGAAUGUUUCGAUUUUCCUCCUCAAACAACUGCAACUUUAUAUGAAAGUGCACAACGUCAUUUUUUGAAAGUCUAUGUACCUGGAUUUUUACCAAUGCAAACCAAUUGUCCAAAACGCGCAUGGGAAAAAUUAAUCAGUUUGCAAUCCGUUUCUAAUCCAGAAAUGUAUUAUUUGGUUGCUAAGCAUACCGUUGGGAAAAUAAAAACUAUUACAGUUAGUUCCCCUCUUGAAAUACGAAAUGAAACAUGUUUUGCUAUGAGUGUUUUCUACGAGCCAGCCAUCCUCCAGAAAUUAAAUUUGGAGCCCAUUGGAUACAUGAAAAACCCCUUUGAACCUACAAUGCGAAUGGCAGUACUAGAACCCCAUGAACAGUUCCAUGUUCCUCUUUUUAUAGCAUUUCAUUGCAAAUUAUUUAUUCAACCGGCAUAUGCAGAAACUUAUUACGUUUCCGAUGAAGGGUUGUAUUGGAAAACCUUGGCAACCGAAUUUGAUACACCUAACUACAUUGUGUGCAAACCCAAAGACAAGACAAAUCAAGAAGUUUUCUCUCUUAAGGUUGAAUUGGAGAAAAAUGUAUCUAUACGACAUUCCUAUUCGCAGUCAAUUCCAAAUUACAUAAUUCGUCUCCUGCCUCCUUUAGUUUUACAAAAUUAUUUACCGUACGCUAUAGAAGUGCAGAAUAUCGAUCUCAAACAACAUUUGAAAAUAGAACCUGCAGAAUUAUCAAGUAUUUAUUCCGUUGAUAUGAGUAAAGAUCAAAAGUUCCUACUUAAGGUGAUACUGCAAGGCACAUUAUGGUCUGGAGUCGUGAGCAUAACGAAAGAAUUGGACGAAAAGGUUGUGGCUUUGACGAGCGAGCGAAAAUCUAACAUGAAACAAUUGCUAAUUAAUGUAAAAGCUAACAAGGGAAAUAAUAUUGUUUACGUAUACGUGCCUUAUUGGAUAAUCAAUAAGACUGGUUUACCGUUAGAGCUAAAGAUAAGUGCUACCAAUUCAAUUUUUAAAAACAGCAAAGGAGAUAUAACGCUGUUAACAUUCAAACCAAACAUGAAACGUACAAUAACCGUUAAGGUUUAUGAUUCCAAGUGGUCUAACGAUUUUGGACUGGAUGCUGCUGGAACUACUGGCUUAAUUGUCUGUAAAGAUGUACAUAGAAGUAAAAGAUAUUGCUUUAUUUUGUCCAUUAGCUUGUCUAAAACAUGCCCAAUGUUGACCAAAAUAGUUUAUUUCUUACCAACGUUCUUGGUAUCCAAUAAUACCAAUAAAUUCCUACGGUUCAUGGAAGUAAAUGAAAAAACAGAUCUUUGGAUAGAUUUGCCCCCAAACGAAACAUUCGUAUUUUGGCCUGAAACAUCAUCCAUGCAAAUGCAAGUAAAAUACAGAGACAGUACUUUCAUAUCUCAAGCAUUUUCAAUAACUUCUCGACUAUUAACAGUCCUGAGAAUGGAUAAAGGAAGUGCCUUAACUGUGCUAGUAGAAGGGGGAAAAACCGAUCCGUUUUGUAUAUCAUUCCAUAAAUAUCAAUCUGGAGAUGCCCCCGUUCUAAUAAAAAACAUGUGUCCUGAGGUCUAUCUAAAAAUUCAACAAUCGGAACAGCCAAUAACACAUGUCCUAAAUCCAAAUCACUCUCUACUUUUUACUUGGGAUGAACCGUCAAAGUCUAGACAAUUAAUAUGGAAUGUUUAUAACAAUCGAGGGCAUGGAUUCUUCAUUGACAUUGAAAAAAAUGGAUUUGGUGAAGAAAAAAUUAAUCAAACCUCAAAUGGACGACGAUUUAGAUCGCAACAAAGUUCAUCAACGAACGAUUCCAGCAACGAAGAAUCAGAUUCAGUCGAAAGUAUUUUGAAAUCACCAAUUAACAAAACAAGGAAGAACAAGUUCAAAAUAUAUUGGAUCUGUUACUACAACGGUACACAAAGAGUGCUGGUUUUCUCUCAACAGAAUAGCUUGGUUCAGCAAAUUAAAGAUACGAAUUUUGUGGAAAUGUGUCAUACUGAAUUUUUGCUAUCCUUAUCUGGCUUAGCAAUUUCUGUAUUUAGUCAGCACAAUCUGAAGAAAGAAUUAGCCUGUUUAAGUCUUACCAGUUCCCCGGCAACUUGGGAAGUAAACGUGGGUCACAAAUGGAAGACUCUUACGGUAGAAUUGGCUUCGUGGAUCGAAGAUAAGUACAGACUAGGAUACAAAAAGUGCCAACUUAAGGAUUAUAUACACAUCGAUUUCGAAAAGAUGUUUAUGUUGAAACCAUUUUUAGCCGAACUACGCCGAUCUCACAACUCCGCUGUAUAUCUCCAACAUAGAAAAUCAAAAAUUAACCAACAAGUGAAUUUGCUCUUAAACUUUUUACAAAUUGACAAUAAAUAUUCCAGUUCAGUAAUUCUUCGACCAAUGCCGGCAGGAAAUUUGAAAAACGUAAUGCCUUUCGUAGAAUUAUCUUGCGUUUUCAGUUUCAACAAAGAUUGUUGGAUAAUAAAAGACUUCAGGGCAAAUAUGCAACAGUUCUCGUGUAGUAUCGAAAACCAUUUUAAUAUGAGAUUAGGAGAAUUAUUUACGGAAAAUUGGAAAAUUUCAGAAGACGUAUCAAAAUGUUACAUAGAUGAUAUAAAAGAAAUACGAAAACCAGUUGAAAACUACUUGAAGGAAAAGUAUGACAAAAAAAUAGUUAUUGAAAGUAUGAAAAUUUCGGAUAUAUUUAUUCAGAUAAAUUUUGCAAAUAGACCAGAAGAACCUUUAAGAUGCAUUCAUCUCCCAUUUGCCAAAUUUCUAAGUUACACUGCUCCAUUACAACUGUUACCUUUUGUACCGGCUCAAAAUGUUCAGCACAGAAUUGCAUACUACGAAUGUUCCAAUAUUCGAAAGAGUUUCCAACAACUUGUGAACGAAGUAUGGCAAAAUUUCAAGUGUCAAUUUUUGCAACAAUUCUACGUCCACGUAUUAGGAAUACAGGUUUUGAUAAACCCUUACGCAUUUCCAAUAAUUUCGUCUCCAAGUAUUAGGUCUUUAGAAGAUGUGGUCCCCACAGCACAACUAAACGGUUACCGUUGCUUAUUAGGGCAUUUAAAUAUGUCCACGGCGGCCCUUGAGCAAAUGAUAUCCAAUGUUUUUUCAAAUCAAAUGUUAGAUAAUAUCUACAGACUUGGGAGACACGGAUCUUACCAGAAGAAUUAUUUCGUCCCGACUGCCGUACUAGAUGGUUAUCGUAACUUCCAUAUUGGAGUGACGCUAGCUUUAGAGCAACUUAUAAUUAAAAACAACAGAGGUGUUUUAUACGAUGGCGAGACAUUUUUUAAAAGUACCGGAAAAGCUUUACUAUCGUUGAUAACUCGACAUCCGGACGAUAAAUCUAACAGUAUAGUAAUUGCUACUGAAGCCCUGCACAGAGCGGCACUUUUGAAUGAACCAAUACAUAUUCAGCAAAGGCUUACGCGAUAUUGUAACAUUUAUAUGGGUCUGAAACCAUUUUCUGGCUAUGAAUCUGUUGGAAACUACUUAACGGAAACUAUUCAAAAUGGUCGAUUUGCAGGGGACGUAUAUUGGGCCUACGCGGCGCUAAACAAAAAUACUAAAUCAAUAGUAAUAGUGACGCUACAGCACUUAAUUAAAAUUAACAAAUGUCGUUUGUGGGGUCCAUGGGAAGUUGAUUGGUGUUUGGAAUUGGACGAUGUUAUUUCUGUUCCUAAAAUUACUGAAAACUGUAUGCUGUUAAAUGUUAAAAAGGUAAUAUAUACUUUUUUGGCUAGUAAUAUUAACAUGUCUAGUGUAGGUACAGAAUAGAUCGAUCUAUAUAGACGUCUUCCUAUAGCAACUAAGUUAUAAAUAGAAACUGGAGUAAAAUUAACCACCAAAUUACAAACUAAUUUUGCAAAACCGACUUAACUAUAGAUAUACACUAAUGUUCAAUUUUACCCAUUUGUGAUUCAACUCUUCAUCUUAAGAUGCUUUAUUUGGGCAGAAAAAUUUUUCAUGCAAUCAUUGAACAUUUUCGACAAAGUAGUAUUUUUUUAAAUGGUAACUGAAACUCAUCUUAAAAGGGGCAAUUU